AUGGGGCUGACCCCAGCCAGCGCCAGGCCCAGGGUCAACAUCGAGAAGUGUCACAAGUGCUGGGAGCCCGGGCAUAUUGCGAGCAGGUGCGCCGGGACGGACCGGUCAAAGUGUUGCCUCAAGUGCGGCAAAACAGGGCACACGGUCGAUAAAUGCACGGAGGAGCCCUACUGCCCCCUGUGCGAGCAGCCGCACCGGGCCUGGUCCGGCAAGUGCGACCGAAUGAGGACACUCCUCGCGUCGACGAAGUCAGCAUUUCUGACGAAGAAAAUACUCGAAUAUAACGAAGAUGUUCCAUCUACCUCAAAGGAAACACAGUGCACACAAGGACAAGGACCAAAUCGUACUGAACUAAAAAAAUUCGCUCGAGUUUUGGAUCGAUAUGGUGUAUCUGACAGAUCCGCAGCAGCCAUCGCAUCAGCUGUUCUAAAAGACGUUGGAAUAAUUACAGAAGGAGAUACAGUUAAUGUGGUUGACAGAAGCAAAGUUAGAAGAGCUAGGAUAAAAAGUAGGCAAAGUUUGCAAGACAAGGGUAUUGACAACUCAGUAAAAGCGGUUUUCUUUGACGGCAGAAAAGAUUAA